AUGGCGGCUCAUUCGGGCAUGCCUCGCAACCUGUCGUACUCGAAGGUUGCGAGGGCGCUAGCUGGCGAAGAACUUCGAGAUCGUGAAAUUUUACCGUUAGAUGCCGGACUCACGGCUCGAGAAGAAGGUCGAUUCGUGUUCGAAUGUGCAUGGGAGGUAGCCAACAAGAUUGGCGGCAUAUACACAGUUCUCAGGAGUAAAGCUCAAAUUAGCAUUGAGGAAUUAGGAGAUCAAUAUUGUAUGUUUGGUCCGAUGAAAGACGAUCGAUGGAGAUUAGAGGUGGAAAAAGUGGAACCUGAGAACAGGACCAUCAGAGCUGCGAUGAAGCUAAUGCAUGCUUCUGGAUUUAAGUGCAUGUAUGGACGCUGGCUUAUUGACGGAUAUCCAAAAGUAAUCCUAUUCGACAUAGGAUCGGGUGCUUGUAAAAUGAAUGAGUGGAAGCAAGAGUUGUUUGAUCGCUGCCGAAUUGGGAUUCCUCACGAAGACAUUGAAUCGAACGACGCCGUAAUUUUUGGUUUUAUGGUUGCAAUAUUUUUGAAGAAUUUUGUCGAAUCCAUUUCCGACUACCAGCCUUUGGUUGUUGCUCAUUUCCAUGAAUGGCAAGCAGGUGUCGGACUUCUCAUGUCACGAUUAUGGAAACUUGAUGUUGCUACAGUAUACACAACACAUGCAACGUUACUCGGAAGACACCUAUGCGCUGGAGGCUGUGACUUCUACAACAACCUUGGCUCUUUCAAUCUGGAUGAGGAAGCCGGAAAACGACGAAUCUAUCACCAAUACUGUCUCGAACGAGCUGCCUGUCAUUCGGCUCACAUCUUCACUACCGUAUCCGAGAUUACGGGAUUGGAGGCUGAAUAUCUCCUUAUGCGAAAACCGGAUCUUCUCACACCAAAUGGAUUGAAUGUUGUGAAAUUCGCGGCUCUACACGAAUUCCAGAAUUUGCAUUCACUUGCAAAAGAAAAGAUUCACAAUUUUGUUCGAGGGCAUUUUCAUGGACAUUUGGAUUUUGACCUGGACAAAACACUGUAUCUGUUCACUGCUGGAAGAUAUGAGUUUUCAAACAAAGGAGGGGACCUUUUCAUCGAGUCAUUGGCUCGCCUUAACCACUAUCUUCAGACUACCAACGAUCCUCGUCAUAAGGGGGUCACUGUCGUCACUUUCAUUAUUUAUCCAGCACCUUCAAAUUCCUUCAACGUUGAGUCUUUGAAAGGUCAAGCUGUCACAAAGCAGCUGAAAGAGGCCGUAGACAGAAUCAAGGAGAGUAUUGGUCAGCGCAUGUUCGACGUGUGCCUACAGGGUCAUCUACCUGAUGGUCAAGACCUCCUAUCACCUGCAGAAAAAGUGUUGCUGAAGAGAUGUAUCAUGGCAACAGAAAAGUACGAUUUACCUCCGAUUUGCACGCACAACAUGGUACGGGGAGAUGAUCAGGUUCUUAGUGCCCUACGAAGGACACGACUUCUUAACGAUCGUCACGAUAGAGUAAAAGUAGUCUUCCAUCCUGAGUUCUUGUCUUCUGUCUCUCCUCUCAUCGGUUUGGAUUACGAGGAUUUCGUUCGAGGUUGCCAUCUUGGAGUGUUUCCAUCCUAUUAUGAGCCUUGGGGCUACACUCCUGCUGAAUGCACAGUGAUGGGAAUUCCAUCAGUUUCCACCAACCUCAGUGGUUUUGGUUGUUUCAUGCAGGAACACGUCGAAGACCCAUCAUCCUACGGUAUCUAUGUCGUAGAUCGACGAUUCAAGAACGCGGAAGAAUCCGUACGACAAUUAGCCCAAAUCAUGUACGAUUUCUGCGGAAUGUCUCGACGACAACGAAUUAUUCAACGAAACAGGACAGAACGGCUUAGUGAAUUGCUCGACUGGAACAGUCUGGGAGUAUUUUACAGGGACUGUCGCCGCAUGGCUUUGGAAAAGUUGCACCCUGAUAUUGACAACAUUAUUAUAGAAAAUGAAGGAAAGGUACCAUCGGCGGCCACAAGUAGACGUCCUAGUAUUCAUAGCAGCGAUGAGGAUGAGAAUGAAUGA